AUGACUGCAAACUCGACAAUUCAUAUGUGGAAUUUGACGAUCAAUGCUAGCACCCGGUUUCCGUCAAAUUCGACACCAAAUGCGCCACCGUUCGCAGGAGUGCCUCAACUGUACGUUAUCCUUGGUACGCUCUUCUUCUCCUUAAUUAUCGUGGCUGGUUUGUUUGGGAAUGCUCUUAUAGUAGCGACACUUUCUCGUUGGCGGGAAAUGAGAACACCAUGCAAUUUACUAAUCGCAAACAUCUGUGCCGCAGACUUGGGAGUUUGUGUUCUUGCGGCACCACUAAGGAUCAUCGAAAUUUAUCAUGGUUGGCCUUUCGGUGAUGUGCUGUGUCAAAUAUUUUUACCCCUCCAAGAUGUUUUCGUAUGUGUCUCAGUAGUCACACAGACCGUGAUCGCUCUGGAGAGGCAUCGAGCCAUUGUCUCGCCCUUCAAGCCGACACUUACUCUCCGACGCGUCAGUAUGGUAGUUCCAGCAGUGUGGGUGGCCUGUUAUGUGACAGCCGGUGUUCCGAUGCUACUUUUCAUCAAGGUCACUUUGUUUCCCGAUGGGAAGUUCUAUUGUUUUCCAGUUUUCUCCAAUAAAGGUUACAGAAUCGCGUACGAGAUGUAUCUGGUGAUUUUGUUCAUAACUUUACCCCUGGUGGUUCAGAGUCUGGCAUACUUUGACAUCAUCCGUUUACUCAGAGCAAAAGACGAAAUCGAGGCGAGAAGUGAAUCCUUUCUGCCGAACUCUUCCAUGAAGAAAACGAUAAAUGAUCGCCUCCGACAGAAAAAGCACCUGGUUAGGAUUCUAGUGGUGUUGAUGUUGGCUUUCCAAAUUUGCUAUCUUCCUCGUGGUGUGAUCAUGUUACUGACUGAAUUUAGCCCAGAAACAACGUCGAAGCCAGACUUCAACUAUGUAAACCUUAUUACAUUGGCGAUGUACUACAUCAAGCACGUGAUCAACCCAGUAAUUCUUUUAGCGAUGAGCAAAGAUUUUCGUUCCGGUUGCUUAAACAUUUGUUCAUCGGGAGGCAAACAAUUGCCGUUCAUGCGAGGCAGCCGUUAUUCGAGUAGUCGUCAAGCUACGAUGCGAAGCUCUGCCCGGAGCAGGAGAUAA